CCCACGCCAGCACAUCCGUAAUAAAGCCAAUCCGGCGUGGACAGUACAUCAAGUGCACGUUGUUAAAUUGAUGUUUUUCUAUACUUACUGUAUAGUGUGCAGUCGGUUUUUUAAAUUGAUUUUCUAAAAUUGAGUGGACAGCUGUUUAAAAGUAUAUAUUAUCGUCAGAUAGCUGAUGAAUAUUAUGAUCUCCAUCGAGCAGUUUGUUGCUUUGGCGUUGGUUUGGCAAGUCUGCGGAUCGUCUCCAACGGAUGGUGAUUUGGACCAGUGUUCGCCAAAAUUAGCAGAUUCAUGUUUCAAAAAGCUGUCGGCCGCCUUGAAUUGUCACAACACGGACGACUGCGUCGACCCCCCAACGUUAUGCUUCUUGUUUGACGACUCAUUAAACUGUUCGGCCGACAUCAUCGACGGCGAUUGUUCCAAGUCAAACGGUAUUGAAAGGUUCGAUUCUUGGUUAAGUGGGCUGCGGGCCGUUUAUGCUUACACUUGCAGAAAAGAUCCAGACGGCAAUUACAACCACACGUCGAGCGUUUUCAAUAACGAAUGUUGGAAUCGUAAGCAAUUCGUCUCUUGCGUUGGAGAAACUUUGAACAUACAUCAUGUCGUGGACUUGCUUAACACCGCGUUCGAUUACAAAAAAUGCGUCCGUACGAUCAUCUCCAUGUCUACUUGCAACGCCAUAUCGCAUUCUACCAUGUGUAGCAAAUUUCACGACGCGUUCCUCAACGAUUUGAUAUCCAUAUUUUUCCUACAACAUAAGUGCAACUUCGAAGAAGUAAAAAGCGGAGCGGAGUCUUCUCGGACACCACAAUUGGCUGUUUAUUAUGUUGCUUUGGCCGCCGUGAUUACUUUGUCCGGCUUCAUUCACAACAAUGUAAAAUAUUAAAACAAAUUGUGUUUUGUAAACUUUGAAACCGAAUGUGUUAUGCUCUCAUGACAGAUGACUAUUUUAUUGGCGUACAAGUUGUAUAGAAUAAUAUUAUUUUAACUUUUAUAAAAUUUAGUGUAAGCCGUAAAUCGAAUAUUCGAAUUUUUUUUU